UCAGGAAGCUUGUUUGACGUUAGCUCGUUGGCUGUUUUUAAUGUGACUUGAAGAAUUUGAAAAAACAUUGUAUCCGGUUAUUCGGGUUCUCGAUGUUAAUCGCUGGUAAUAUAAAUGGUACAACUGGAGCCGUUAGGCGCGUCUGAAGUUGGCGCUGGCUUUCCUGCUGCCGGUGUAUUUGUUUGUUAUGACGCUGUAGUCGGCUAACCCGCAGUAGCCAAGAAACAAGGUGCAGCAUGAAACCCGCGGUAAUGAGGCAGUGUGUUCUUCAUGGACCCAGUGGAUCAUGUCUCUGAUCCUGUUCGCCUUUGUGGUUCGGGUCAGGGAUGGACUCCCCCUGUCGGCCUCCACGGACUUUGAGCACAACCAAGAGCUCCAGGAGAGGAAGCAGCAGCUCAGGACCAUCAGCAAGGCCUUGGCCCGCUUCCCGGACAGAGGCUCCGUCAGGGGCCGGGAGCUCAACAUAUACUUCGUCUCUUCAGAGGGUGUAUCCUACAUGACUGUGUGCCACUGCAGCCUCCCCGUUGCUAAGGCCUUCUGCUUCCUGGAAGAUCUGCGCUGGGAGUUCACCGCAUGCUUCAAUAGCACCGUUGUUGCCUUGGCAGCCAGGCCAUAUCCAUUUUUGGAAUUUGACGGCAGCAUUCAGAAGCUGAAGCAGCAGUACAACCAGAGUGGUGGACCGGCCCUUGAUGUGACAUUGGCAGAGGUCCAGGACGAUCUGAGGAUCCAUCCACUACAAGUGAUCAACUUGGAUGAGGUGGAGCUCACCAAUGGCAUCGCAAACGGGCAUAUGGAGCAAGAUCCUGGAUCUGGUCAGAAUGUGAGGCUUCAGCCAGUGACGGCGCCAGGCAUCCUCUCCCUGGUCCUCAACAUUGUGUGUGCGUCUUUGAAUGUAAUCCGCGGUGUGCACCUCAUAGAGUACACAUUCCAGGAUGACUAUGAAGGUAUAUGGAACGUUGUGGCAUUUCUCCUGGCGUUUGUCUGCUGUGUGUUUCAGUGCCACCUCUACCUGUUCCACACGUCUCUGAAAAAGCCGAAGUCCCUCACUCUGCUUGGCGUGGUCAUCCUGUGCAACUUGCACCUGCUCGGCAUGCGGAACGCGUGUCAGCUGAUCUUCCACAUUUCCGUCGCCUCCCUCUCCACCGUCCUCAUCCUCACCCGCAAGGUCCAAGACAGAACCAAUGACUGUGGCGUCUGAGGAGCGUAGGAUUCUUCAUCCUGUUGUCACCUCUCGCAGCUACGUCUGUCUCCAGCUUGCGCCGCAGGUGAGAAUAACAUGGCAGAAAAUGAACUGAUCCACACCAGUCAUGGAGAUGCCCUUGCCCUUUAACGACAACAUUCAUGAAUGUUGUGUCAUCAUGGGAUAUGACUUUUGUACCUGCACUUUGUGUAAAUUGUUUUCCAGACUACAAGGUAAUGCAGUUCUUUCUGGAUCCUUACAAAUGUCUGGUCAACCUUAAUCUAACACCGUAAACUGAUAAGAAGAAGAUGUUCUAUUUUAGGAACAGAAAACGUUGACCAAUCUCCGUCCGACCUGUCCUGUGCAAAGUGUUUGUGAAGGAGACAGAGUUAUUUUCAGAGUUGUUGACCAAAGUUUUUUUUUUUGCAUUAAAACAACAGUGUUGUUGAAGUUGGUUAUGCUUGGGAUUCUGGAAUUCAGAUGAAUUUCUGCCCUCAUGCAGCUCAGUAUUAUUUCUGCAACCACUCACUGAUUGUCUUUGAAAAAGUCAGUUUACAAUACCAGGUGACGGUUUGGGAUUGUAACAUACAUUAGAUUUAAUUGUACUUUAAGAAAAGGACACAUGGCCGAUUAGAAGAUAAUGAAAUAGUCAAUACUGAUACUUAAACUAUUUAGUGUAGUUUGAUUAAAGAUCAGUGAACUUUAAGUUAAGCGGGAAAUGCAUCUGUUUUAAUUUGUUUUCAAUUAUUUGCUCAUUAAAAAACAACGCUUAAUUUAAAGCUGUAAAUGUUAAACUAUGGGUUGUUUAAAAGCCUUACUGUGUGACUAUACAAAUAUAGAUGAUUGUUUCUUUUGGUUUAUUAAAUUUCACUGGCAAGUGCUCAGCAAGUUCAAAUGGAAGGGCUCCUUUGAUGACUUCACAGAAAUGUAAUUCUGUACUGAGAGAGCAUUACCAAGACACCCAUCUUUUAAACACAUUCUACAUUCAGCACAAAAAUCUUAGUGCAAUCGAAACAAACUUAAAUAUUUUAGUUUCAUCUUAAUCAACUGAUCCAUAUGUUGUCAAAAUGUAUACUGCAGGUAAGUAAUACGAAAGCACUGAUUAGAUCGGUUACAUAGUAUCGAAAAAUGUUGGAAAAAUAUUUGAACUGCACUAUUUUCGGUUUCUUGGGGUUUAUCUAAAAUUAUAUUUUUAUCCUGAUUUCGGUUUACUUUGUUGAUUUAUUUUUUUUCUCUGUUUUUUCUGUUUCUCAAAUUGUGAUGAACAGAGAAAUCUUGUGACUAUGAUUUAUGUUUGAAUAAAGAACAUUGUAGAACAUAAUUUUAGUGCUGCUAAAUAAGUAAGUAAGUGUAAGUCCCCUUUUGGUUUUUAAUUAUUUUACAUUUUGUUGUAUUUAGCUUCUUAGUUAUUCCGUUUAUAAUGCUAAAAAAGUUGCACUUGGUGUCAGUUAGGCAAAGGGAAAUAAGCGAUUAGUUUAUAGUGUUAGUUUUGUGGCUGCUUUGGAACUGUAAAACCUUUUCACGGAACCGUUCCCUCAUUUUAUCAGGAUAGUUCGAGGGAAUUUUUAGGAAAACAAAAAGUCUGCGCAUCCGACAAGCCAAACGUCCUUCAUUAUAAAGUUCAAAUAGUUGAGACAAGCAAAAUUUUCUUGUAGUUCACAAAGUUUAUAAAUAGUGAAAGAACUGUUUUUCGUGGAAGUAUAAUGUGUAGUGUUGCUGCAGAUUACACAGAGGAGCCUGCUAUUUUUUUUUCUUAAUUAAGUUGUCCUACCUCCAGAACUGUGUGACAGAGAUUUGGACUAGCUCAGUGAACAGACUUUUCUUUGACUGGGUUGACAUGCAAUUUGUGAUUUUUCAUAUUUGUUCAAACACAGUAAACAAAAAACAGGAGUUAGUGAGUAAAACAGCCUUAAAGCUACAGUGUGUAAUAUUAAGAACUUAUUCACAGAAAUCGAGUGUUCAUAUAUGUAUAAUCAUUUGUCAUUAUUUAUUAUGCUGCAUGGCUUCUUUUUUUUGUGCUGCGAUAUUUUUGAUACAAACUCACCGUUUUCCACUCAGACUACUAAGUGUGCAUUCACAUUGCGUUGAUUACACCAUUGACCAAAUGCAAUGUAAGGAAAACGUUUGUCAGCGUUUUAGAGAUGCAGAACCAAAUAAUGUGGAGGAUAUUUUUAAUACGCAAAAUGAACCCGGAGGAGGAUUCUGUUUGAUAUGAAGUUUUUUUUAAACACACGGUUUAAAUGCACUGUACAGUUGAAACAUGUGGCAGUUGUCUUUUCUUUCUUUUUUUGAACCAGAAUUUUUUUUUUGUACAUUUGUUUGUCAUUGAGGUUCAGAAGGGCAACCUGAAGAGCAGUGGGUCAGUUUCCAGGACAGUUUACCUCGUUCGAUACAAAACACCCAAAGGUGAUUUGUGUAAUUAGACUCACAGAUCGAUUUACUGGUGUUUGUGGCCGCAGCCUUUUCAUAAUGAUAUCGUCUUUCAUUGUAACUGCCAAAUACACCGGUGGUUACAGGACUUCAGCUUUUCUUUUUCCUUCUGUGGUAAAACUGACAUUUCAUUAAUAAAUAGUGUCCUUUUUUUAA